AUGGAAUGACAUGACAUCGAUGUACAUAUAUCAGAGGAAUCAAAAAGCGGAUGCUAUUGAAUUACAGUUCACCAAUCAUUCUUCGGCCUGCCAAGUAGGACUUCACCUUUGUGCGGAUCCUUCCACCUCCAUAAUCUGGUAGGAUUCUGAAGACAAGAUUAGAUACGAACAUUCUAUACGCCAUGGUCAGCCCCCGUGGAGAGGCUUUGGCUGCUUGGUUGUCUGUUUUCACUGUACUCACCGUAGGUGUCCUGAUCCUGCGCUUUUACGCAGUCAGGAUACAACAACGAGCUCUUCGUUCCGAUGACUAUCUCGUCGCUGGCGCUACCAUCGCAAUGCUUGUUCUUGAAGGAUGUACCUUUUGGGCGAUUCACAAUGGGCUCGGGGCUCGAGCAGCCACGCUGGAUUGGCCACAGCAAGCUGUACAGAUCAAAUUGAUGGUUUCCGCAUUCUGGACAUGGACAAUUGCCACGACAGGAUGCAAACUCGCUGUGCUUCGUCUUUACUUGGCCAUAUUCCACACCAAGACUUUCAGAUACAUUAACUUUGUGCUCAUGGGACUGGUUGCAUGCUACCCGUUUGUAUUCAUUCCCGUAUUCAUGACACAAUGUACUCCUGUAUCUGCCGCUUGGGACCCCGUAUUGUCCCUCACGCACUGCCGACCGAGGGAGCAGCACGAACUGGCGUCAGUCGCUGUCAACGUCGCAUUCGACCUCUUGAUUGUUCUUCUCCCUCUUCCCUGGAUUUGGAGUUUGCAGAUGGCGACAAGGAGGAAGGUUACCGUCACAGCUAUGUUCAGUCUCGGGUUGUCCAUUGUUGGAGUAAUGAUCUGGCGACUUGUUACCACCGCGCUUCCAAACCCGAACCCGGAUUUCACAUAUGACGUAUACAUUCUUGCUCUGCAGAGCCAUUUGGAACUGUGGCUAGGUCUUCUUGCUGCUUCUCUACCUACUCUAGCCCCAUUGCUAUCUCGAAUGGUCCCUGAGAACGUCAAAAGUUAUUUCAAAGGAUCCUCAGUACGGAGUCCGAAGCGCAACAAUAUGAUCAGGUCGUUUGGCCAAGGUAGAUUCCCGCGGACAAAGGCUAAGAGCGACCUUGACUCCAUCGACGGACUCGAUAUCCCUCUACAUAGCAUAGAGCGAAGACAGUAUAUACAGGUUUCGUAUGGUAAGAACGACUCCAAAGCGUCCGAACAGGGUAAGCCUGUCGGUGUCGAGCUUUGAGCUUCGCCAUACUUGACACUAAUUGUUUUUCUUGAGAGAAAAUAUGGUAUCGAAUCAUGAUCUGGAUUAUGGAUCCGUGUAAGUAU